AUGACUGGUGCAAGAGACUUCUCUUGCGUUGGUGGUCUCGAGAAACAUAUAAGAAUUGUGAAAGAGAUGGUCCUUUUUCCGCUGAUGUACGGAGAUAUUUAUGCCAAAUUUAACCUCCGACCUCCACGAGGCCUUUUAUUUUACGGACCUCCAGGUACUGGAAAGACGUUAGUCGCAAGUGCGUUGGCGACUGAGUGCAAUAGCUCCGAGCGAAGAGUGUCAUUUAUCUCGCGCAAGGGAUCCGACUGUCUAAGCAAAUGGGUUGGCGAAAGUGAACAGAAGUUGAAAAAAAUCUUUCAAAUGGCCCAUCAAAGCAAGCCCUGUAUUAUUUUUUUCGAUGAGGUCGACGGUCUGGCCCCAAUUCGCUCGAGUCGACAGGAUUUCGUUCACGCGAGUGUCGUCUCGACUUUGCUAGCUCUCAUGGAUGGCUUCGAUAAUAAUUCCGAAAUUAUUGUCAUCGGAGCCACUAACAGACUCGACUCGAUCGAUCCUGCUCUCAGAAGACCCGGUAGAUUCGACCGAGAACUCUAUUUCCCGCUGCCUUGUUAUAACGCCAGGAAAGAUAUACUUGCAAUACAUGUAAAAAGUUGGAAGCAGAAACCUCCACAGAAAUUUUUAGCUUAUUUGGCUUCGAAGACUGUUGGGUUUUGCGGCAGUGAUUUACAAGCACUUUGUGCCGAAGCUGUAAUGUGUUGCGUCAGAAGAAAUUACCCUCAAAUUUAUACUACAAAGUCCAAGUAUCAUAUAAAUGAACGAUCUCUCAAGGUUGAAAAAUUAGACUUCAUAAAAGCCCAGCAGAAUAUUGUUCCGGCCUCACAUAGAAUAUGUGUUAUACCAGUCAAAACAUUGCCUUCGGAAAUGCGAGCCCUACUUCAAGACAAGUUAACCUGUAUAAUGUCAAGUCUACAUUCUAUUUGUCCAGCAGAAAUGAUAACUUCCAAUGACUUAGGCGACUCAAUUGCUUCACAUUCGACUAAUUGUCCAAGAUUGUUACUAUGUGGAACUGAUGACUGUCACACUCGUCAUCUCGGCCCGGCUGUACUUCACGCGCUCGAACAUCUACCAUGUCACGUGUUAGACGUGACAACACUUUAUGAAGAAACUGGUAGGACUGUUGAAGAGGCUAUCAUUCAAAAAGUGAAAGCAGCUCGUCAUACUUUACCUUCCCUCCUUUAUGUGCCAGACGUAUUGUCAUGGUGGAACUUAGUGGACGAAAUUGCGCGGGUAGUUUUUACGUCACUAAUAAAGGGCCUAGAUAAUUCUGUUCACGUGCUGGUGUUGACCACUGCCAAAUGUGAUCGUCACGACUUACCACCUGAGAUAUUGGAACUGUUUAACGAACACCAGCAAGAAAUAUUUGAAAUUGGAUCACCAAACAGAACGGAACGAGAACAAUACUUUUAUGAAAUGUUCCUGCGGACAAAUUCCAAUUCAGACAACAUCUCCGAUAAAUCAUACAACGCAACAGCAGCGGCAUCGAGUCGGACGGUGUCUGCGCCAGCAUUGGUAAACGGUCGCAACACUAGUAAACGUAAAAACGUGAAUACGAACAUCGAGUCUCCACCAACGAAACGCCAACGAUCUAGGACCUCAAGUAGUAAUCCCCUAAGUGCAUCCCACAGUGCUGAGAGACUGCUCAUGAAGACCCAAGUGCAAGAUUUGUUAUGCAGAGCAGUUACGCUUACUGAGGCCUGGCCCUGUUACCAACUCGAAAAUCUACGCGCAGCACUUGAGUUAGCCAUGGAUUCUCAGAAAUCGGAUGCUUAUGCUUCCUUAGCACUUUGCCUGACUAAUUUCGAAAAUGAAAUGAAAACAAAUGUAUACAACCGUCGAGUUGAUAUGUAA